CAUCGCCGGGACCGGAGCGGCCGCGGGUCCUGCAGAGCCCCCCCAUGAAGGGCGAGCCCCCCCCCAGCAGCACCCUGAGCGUGGGCCAAGCCCGGAAAAUGGUGGAGCAGCUGAAGAUCGAGGCCAGCCUGUGCCGGGUGAAGGUGUCCAAGGCGGCGGCGGAGCUGCUGAGUUACUGCGAGGCGCACGCCUGCGAGGAUCCGCUGCUGACCCCGGUCCCCACCUCGGAGAAUCCUUUCCGCGAGAAAAAAUUCUUCUGUGCCCUCCUCUAGACUCCCCCCCAAAAUUUGGGGGACCUCCCCCUCACAUUUUGAGGCACCCCCGCACCAUUUAGGGCCGAUUUCACCCCAAAAAUGAGGAGCAAAAAGAGGGGGGUGGGGUUGCUUUGGGGGUUUUGGGGUUUCCCCCAUGGCAAGGACCCCCCCCAUAAAUUGGGGACCCCCCAAAAAAGCCUUGGGGAGGUCCCAGCUCUGGAACUAGGGGGGUUAAGGGGGUUUUGGGGUCCCUCAACCCCAAAAAGGCUUCAAGGAUGGACUCAGGGAAGGUUCUGGAAUGGGGGGAAGGGGAGACCCCCUCCCCCUAAAAUCACCCCCAGAUUCCCCCCCUGUCACUCCCCACCCCUUCCUCAAAAUGGGGACCCCCAAACUUUAGGACAACCCCCAAAAUUCCUCAUCUCUCACCUCCCCUCACCCCAAAUUCUCGGGGUUCCUCUCCUCCAACACCGACCUGCACCCAAAUUUAGGCUCUAAUGGACCCCUAAAGCCUCGGGGGGGGGGUUAAAAGGGGGGGUUCUCCCAAUUUUGGGGGGUCCCUGGUGUGUCCCCCUCCCCAAAUAAACACUUGGCGGCACAGACGGAA